AUGUUUAGGAAUUUUGAAGAAUAUUUUAGUUCAACCUAUAUCUAAGUAUAUUAUUAGUAUGAUGAUACAAAAGUAUGUGACCUAAUUUGUUUGGGAAAAAACAAGCUAUUGUCUAACUCCUUAAUUGGCAGCAGGUUUAACCUCGCUAACCUUUGGUUUGUUUUACUUAAAACUCAAAGACUCUAAAAAAUUCCUUCACGAAAACUACAUUUGGUUUUUCGGAAGCUCUUUAUUUAUAUAUUUUAACAUUCAACAAAAUAUGAAAGAAGCUGCUAGUCUAGCAAUAAAACACUGAACAAACGAACCAGUAUUAAACAUCAAAAUAGAUUGAAAACAUUUUUGAAAAAAAAUAAAUAAUUCAUCAAAUUCAUUUAAUUUAAUAACCAAUUAAUUGCAGAGUAAUAAAAACAAACAUUCCAACUUAUCUUUAAUAUUUAUUUAUUAAAACCAAUCUCCUAUAUUAAAAGUAGAUUGUUCAAAACUAAUAACUUGCAUUUUCCAACUAAUAAUAAUAAUAAUAAACUUAAAUAGUUAGUUAGUGGGAUUUAUAUUUAAAUUAAAAAUACAAAUAAAUUCAAAUCCAUUAUAUUUAUAUUAAUAAAUAAGUACCUAAUUUAAUUUAUAUACAAUUUUAUAAAUUCAUCAAAACAAUCAUGUAAACCAAUUUACUAAAUCAAAUCAGAUAUUCAACAUAUUGUUAAAUAUUCCAUCCAUAUUCAUAUCAAUGCACGUGAUUUAAAAUAAAAUUAUUUUUCUAGUUAAUAAGUGUUUUCGUUCUCAAUAUUAAUGCAUGAUUCUGAAACCCUAAAUUCUUUUAAUUAAAAGAAAAUAUUCUAGAAAAUGCUAAAAAUUUGA